CGGUCGCUGGUGAGUUUAAAUGAGCCGGGGCUGGCCGGGCCGGAGCCGCUACGGGGGGGGCCCUGAGGCACUGCAGAAAGUGGGCCUGAGCCUCCAGGAUGACGGUGCUGCAGGAACCUGUCCAGGCUGCUAUAUGGCAAGCACUAAACCACUAUGCUUUCAGAGAUGCAGUUUUCCUCGCAGAGCGACUAUAUGCAGAAGUACACUCAGAAGAAGCCUUGUUUUUACUGGCAACCUGUUAUUACCGCUCAGGAAAGGCAUAUAAAGCAUAUAGACUCUUGAAAGGACACAGUUGUACUACACCGCAAUGUAAAUACCUGCUUGCAAAAUGUUGUGUUGAUCUCAGCAAGCUUGCAGAAGGGGAACAGAUCUUAUCUGGUGGAGUGUUUAAUAAGCAGAAAAGCCAUGAUGAUAUUGUUACUGAGUUUGGUGAUUCAGCUUGCUUUACUCUUUCAUUGUUGGGACAUGUAUAUUGCAAGACAGAUCGGCUUGCCAAAGGAUCAGAAUGUUACCAAAAGAGCCUUAGUUUAAAUCCUUUCCUCUGGUCCCCCUUUGAAUCAUUAUGUGAAAUAGGUGAAAAGCCAGAUCCUGACCAAACAUUUAAAUUAACAUCUUUACAGAACUUUAGCAGCUGUCUGCCCAACUCUUGCACAACACUAGUAUCUAAUCAUAGUUUAUCUCACAGACAGCCUGAGACAGUUCUUACAGAAACACCCCAGGACACAAUUGAAUUAAACAGACUGAAUUUAGAAUCUUCCAAUUCAAAGUACUCAUUGAAUACAGAUUCUUCAGUGUCUUAUAUUGAUUCAGCUGUAAUUUCACCAGAUAGUGUCCCUCUUGGAACAGGAACUUCCAUAUUAUCUAAACAAGUUCAAAAUAAACCAAAAACUGGUCGAAGUUUGUUAGGAGGACCAGCUGCUCUUAGCCCAUUAACCCCAAGUUUUGGGAUUUUGCCAUUAGAAACCCCAAGUCCUGGAGAUGGAUCCUAUUUACAAAACUACACUAAUACGUCUUCUGUAAUUGACGUGCCAUCCACCGGAGCCCCUUCAAAAAAGUCUGUUGCCAGAAUCGGCCAAACUGGAACAAAGUCUGUCUUCUCACAGAGUGGAAACAGUCGAGAGGUAACUCCAAUUCUUGUUGCACAAACACAAAGUUCUGGCCCACAAACAAGUACAACACCUCAGGUAUUGAGCCCCACUAUCACAUCUCCCCCAAAUGCACUGCCUCGAAGAAGUUCACGACUUUUUACUAGUGACAGCUCUACAACCAAGGAGAAUAGCAAAAAAUUAAAAAUGAAGUUUCCACCUAAAAUCCCAAACAGAAAAACAAAAAGUAAAACUAAUAAAGGAGGAAUAACUCAACCUAACAUAAAUGAUAGCCUAGAAAUAACAAAAUUAGACUCUGCAAUCAUUUCAGAAGGGAAAAUCUCCACAAUCACACCUCAGAUCCAGGCAUUUAAUCUACAGAAAGCAGCAGCAGAAGGUUUGAUGAGCCUUCUUCGUGAAAUGGGGAAAGGUUAUUUAGCUUUGUGCUCAUACAACUGCAAAGAAGCUAUAAAUAUCUUGAGCCACCUACCUUCUCACCACUACAAUACUGGUUGGGUCCUGUGCCAGAUUGGAAGGGCCUAUUUUGAACUUUCAGAGUACAUGCAAGCUGAAAGAGUAUUUUCAGAGGUUAGAAGAAUUGAGAAUUACAGAGUGGAAGGCAUGGAGAUCUACUCUACAACACUUUGGCAUCUUCAAAAGGAUGUUGCUCUUUCAGUUCUUUCAAAAGACUUAACAGAUAUGGAUAAAAAUUCACCAGAGGCCUGGUGUGCUGCAGGGAACUGUUUCAGUUUGCAACGGGAACAUGAUAUUGCGAUUAAAUUCUUCCAGAGAGCUAUCCAGGUUGAUCCAAAUUAUGCUUAUGCCUAUACUCUAUUAGGGCAUGAGUUUGUGUUAACUGAAGAAUUAGACAAAGCAUUAGCUUGUUUUCGAAAUGCUAUCAGAGUCAAUCCUAGACAUUAUAAUGCAUGGUAUGGUUUAGGAAUGAUUUAUUACAAGCAGGAAAAAUUCAGCCUUGCAGAAAUGCAUUUCCAGAAAGCACUUGACAUCAACCCUCAAAGUUCGGUUUUGCUUUGCCACAUUGGAGUAGUUCAGCACGCGCUGAAAAAAUCUGAGAAGGCUUUGGAUACCCUAAACAAAGCCAUUGUUAUUGAUCCUAAGAACCCUCUAUGCAAAUUUCACAGAGCCUCAGUUUUAUUUGCAAAUGAAAAAUAUAAGUCUGCUUUACAAGAACUUGAAGAAUUGAAACAAAUUGUUCCCAAAGAAUCCCUCGUUUACUUCUUAAUAGGAAAGGUUUACAAGAAGUUAGGUCAAACGCACCUCGCCCUGAUGAAUUUCUCUUGGGCUAUGGAUUUAGAUCCUAAAGGAGCCAAUAACCAGAUUAAAGAGGCGAUUGAUAAGCGCUACCUUCCAGAUGAUGAGGAGCCAAUAACCCAAGAGGAACAGAUCAUGGGAACAGAUGAAUCCCAGGAGAGCAGCAUGACAGAUGCGGAUGACACACAACUUCAUGCAGCUGAAAGUGAUGAAUUUUAACUUCUGGAAAUCAAGACUUUUGCAACUGGAUGUGUGACUAGUGCUGACGUGUUUCUUGUCCUUCCAUAUACUGAGUCUUCACUCUUGAGCCAGCAGUGUCAUCAUCCAUCACUUAUACCCUGAGCGUGCCCCUUUCAUUGGACCCUGACUGUACACAGAAUGAAAGGCAGUGCAAUAUUUAGCUGCUAACAAGACUGGCUCUUUCACCAGUAUGAAUGACAAUUUAGAGGGUAGGGUGGGAAACUUUCUUUUCUUUUUUUUCUUUAAUCUCCCUUUGUUGGAAAGCUAUCAUGGAAGGAAGAGUUUUGUUUUAUCUUGAAGGAACCAUUAGAUAUGGAAAAUGGUGAUGAACCAGAAUCUCAUGGUUGUUUUUCCAAAAAUUUGUUUUUACUUGGUUCUGUUCCUGAUAAGCAGAGUGACUGACCUUCAUUUCUAGGUUCUUCAAGAAUGGUGUUAGCAAGUGCCAGAUGGAACAAUAAAAGACAUUGCCUAUAACAGAGUAACUUGAUUGCCAAGGAAUGUAAAUUACCUUAAAAUUGCAGUGUCUCCCAUAAACAAAUAUAAUGGGCAUAUUGGAACUCAUAUGUAGGAAUCAAUAUCCCUCCAUACAGUGUACACUUAUU